AUGCAGGAAGCAUUGGACUGGCUCACAGCGCAGCCUGCCGUCACAUGGGUGGCACCUGCGCCCAGGGUGCAGACCCACAACUUCUAUGCCACAGGGCUCCUGCAGACGGGUGCAGCUGUGCCCGUAAACUUGUCAUCCAACCUGCCUUAUGGCGGCGCUGCCACCACACACUCUCUCUGGCAGGCCGGCCUGCAGGGGCAGGCCAUGGUCCUGGGAAUGGGGGAUACCGGCCUGGACUUUGACCAUUGCCACUUUGCUGACAGCGCAGUGCCCAUUCCCUACACCGUUGCUCAGGGGCUGUCCCGUGAAUCCGGAUCUGGCAUUCCCUAUUUCCAAAACGCCACCCACCGAAAGGUGCGGUAUUACAGGAUGUAUGCAGACGCUAUAGACGGACAGGGGCAUGGCACACACUGUGCUGGCAGCGCUGUCGGGGCGCUGGCCAACGGUGCGUACUCAAAUUGGGAGGGGAUUGCUCCGGGUGCAAAGAUUGCAUUCCAGGACCUGGGGAAUGACAACACCGGGAAUCUCAGCGUGCCAUAUGACCUCUUCUAUGACUACUUCCCUUUCUCUUACCAGUGGGGCGCGCGCGUACACUCAGAUUCAUGGGGCACCGCUGACGCAACAUAUGACUCACUAGCGGCCGACAUGGAUCGCUUCGCAUGGGCGUACCAGGACUUUCUACCGGUGGUGGCUGCCGGUAACUUUGGGUACCGGGAGCAGGACUCCACCCUUACAUCACCUGCUGUCGCCAAAAACUGCGUUGCUGUUGGUGCUGGGCUGACGGCGAGCUACAACGGCGGCUACGAGAGUGAAGUGGUGACAACGGAUGCCAGCGUGUACGCGCUCAAUGUGACUGGCGGCCAGCCGGGCUCGCGCGCGGAUGGCACCGUGCUCAUCAAGGUUAUGCAAGCGUCGUUUGGGCCGUCCCUGGCUGCGCUGGUGGCUUCCGGCAGGCAGCUGCCACUGCUAGCAGCAACUCCAGUGGAUGCAUGCACGCCGCUGGCGCGGCCUGACAGGUUCAAGAACGCAGUCGUGCUUGCGCAGAGGGGCAACUGCACCUUUGGGACCAAGGUGAGCAAUGCUAUCAAGGCAGGGGCGCUAGCUGUGUUAAUAGCCAACAAUGGGACUACCGGAUUCUUCCGCAUGCAGCCAGACAGCAGCAGCGGUGGCAUCACGAUUCCAUCCGCCUCUCUGCCGCUCAGCACAGCCCGACCCCUCUGGAAUGGCCUGACCGCUGGCAUGACCCUGAAUGCCCAGUUCCUGACUUACAAAUUGCCCACAGAUCGCUUUGCCAGCUUGGCAUUCUUUUCAUCAAUUGGGCCCACCCUGGACGGCCGCAUCAAUCCAGACAUCAUCGCCACAGGCACCACAAUUUCCACAAGCAGUGCUCGGCAGGCAAACUCAUUCACAUGCAGCCUGGAUUCCAUGCGAGGCACCAGCAUGGCCACCCCCAUUGUGGCGGGGGGACUGCUGCUAAUCCGGCAAUAUUUCACAGAGGGGUGGUACCCCUCUGGGGCCCCCAACAUCAGCCGCAGCUAUACCCCCUCCGGACCCCUCAUGAAGGCCGUCUUGCUGGGGGGCUCAAAGGCCAUGGAGGGAAUUACGCCGGACUCGAAUGCCCAGUACGACGGCGUACCUCUCGAUCCGCCCCCCUCAAUGCGCCAGGGUUUUGGCGCGGCGCAUCUGGGCCGCUCCCUGCCCAUCGCCUCAAACCCCUCUGGCUGGAGCAUGCAGGUGGUAGACCGAAAGCCAAUGGCGGCAAAGGGGCAGGUAGACAAGUACUGCCUCGUGUCAACCGUGGGCACGCUGCGAGUCACGCUGGUGUGGGCGGAUCCCCCGGCUGCCCAGGCAGCUGCCGUGCAGCUGGUGAAUGAUCUGGACUUGGUGGUGCAUGCGGACAGCCUGUCUGGGCGCAGCCUGUACGGCAAUGGAGCACUGGACCGUCUGAAUAAUGUCGAGCAGGUGGUGAUUGACAGCAUGGGUCCUGGGCUAGUGGUCAUCUUAGUCACGGGGUACAACAUCCCACAAGGGCCUCAGAAGUACUCCCUCGUUGUCCAGGGCAGCUUCACAGGCUCGCUGCAAAGCGCGUUCAACCCGGCCUGGGACGGCGUCAGCCGCCUCAACUGCUCCCUGCCGGUCCCGAUCAUCAGCACUGCCCCGGCCUCGCUCAGCAACAAGACAAGCACCUCCUUCAGCUUCUCUACAGUUGAUGUUGCGCCGCUGGGGUUUGAGUGCCAGCUGAGCCGCGGCGGUGUCAAGUCCCCAGCGCCUCUGCAUGCCUGGGCGACAUGCGCUUCGCCGGUUGCCAUCAGCGGCCUGACUGACGGCAGCUACCUGUUUGAAGUCCGCGGCAAGGGCUUCACGAUACAGGACUCGCGCAUUUUUGCGGUGGACACGGCCGCGCCGGUAGCCGCGCUGACGGCCGCCUCCGCGCCGGUGCCGGGGGCGCCGCGGAGCGCCGCCUUCGCGUUCUCCGCGCAGGACGCCUCAUUCGUCGAUUUCGCCUGCCGCCUCUCCGUCGCCGGGACCCAGCCGGCCGGCGCUGCCGCCUUGGGUGUUGGCCUGUGGACUAGCUGCACCAGCCCCCAGGCGUACACAUCGCUGCCGUCAGGCAACUGGACAUUUGAGGUGCGAGCCAUUGACGGGGCGGGGAAUGCACAGAGCGCCGCGUAUGCAAAGUACGCCUGGCAGCUGACGCUGCCCGCCGCUUAUGUCAUGCUGACCGGCGGCGACCUCUCACAGACCAUCAAAAGGCAUGUCUCCAUGGAAGCAAUCCUGGUGACUAUUGACACAGCGGCCCCUUCAGCCACAAUUACAAAGUCUCCUGGUGCGAUAGUAGCAGCAUCGGCUGCCACCUUUGAGUUUUCUUCUGACGACGGCAGCAGCGGAUUCCAGUGUGAACUCACUGGAGGAGCCUCUUCCCAGUCCACCGCUGCUUCCUGGGCAAACUGCAGCAGCCCCAAGGCAUAUGAUGGGCUGGAGGAUGGAAGCUACACAUUCCAGGUGGCAGCGCUCAGCGCAUCAGGCGAUCCGGGUUACGCAGCACCAUUCACAUUCACAAUCGACACAGACCCCCCCGCAGUGUCGCAGCUGCGCGUGCGGCUGCAGCAGUCGGGGGAAGCUGCGCAGCAGGUGGAAGCUGCCAGCCUGGGGGAUGCUGAGCUGGCGGGCCAGGUCAGCGGCAGCUUCCAGACAGCCAGCGGCUGCCUCAAUGCAAGCUUCUCUGCCUUUGAUGGAGUCCUCGGCUCGGGCAUUGCAGGGUGA